GUGAUUACCAAAGAUGCUAGAAGUAGGGACACGGUUGUACAUGACCGUGGUUUUCGAUGAUCGUAUGUGGUUUGGUUAGGAUUAAGAUCAAGUGGUACAUUUGAGUUUCCAUAUUUAAAAUAAUAAUUGUUAUUGUCUUAGUUUCGAGAACAAGAUGAAACCUACAAGAAAAAAAUAUCGUGAACGAGUAGGAAUUGAUAAAGAACAGUUAGCGAAACAUAAUAAAGGCAAAGGAAUCGAUUUAAGGGCGACAUCAACUAAUAUAACAAAUAAAGUAAUAAGACAGAAAUUACAAAAAAGAGAGAAUACUUUUCAUAAUACAAUAACGGAUACUGCGCGCACUGAAUUACUUUUGACAGAAGAUUAUGGUUGCUUAGAAGCUGAUCCUGGGGAAAUAACAGUGCAAUACAAACAAAAGCAAAUUGCAGACAAUGUGGAUAUAACUUCUGCAGUUAAGAAUUUUACACUAAAUUUAGAGUUUGGCCCAUAUCAGAUAAAAUAUACAAGAAAUGGCAGACACUUAGUACUAGGUGGGGGGAGAGGCCAUGUAGCGGCUUUAGAUUGGGUCACAAAAAGUUUAGCCUGUGAAAUAAAUGUAAUGGAAUCGGUACUUGAUGUAUCAUGGCUUCAUAUAGAAACAAUGUUUGCUGUAGCGCAAAAAGAAUGGGUGUUUAUAUAUGAUAACCAAGGAAUUGAACUCCAUUGUUUGAAAAGAAUGCACAGAAUUAAUAAAUUAGAAUUUUUACCUUAUCACUUUUUGCUUGCCAGUGGAUCUGAUGAUGGUUACUUGUCAUGGUUGGAUAUUUCUAUAGGCAAAUUUGUAGCAUCUGUUAAUUCCAAAUUAGGACGUAUUGUAGUAAUGACACAAAAUCCUGAUAAUGCUGUGCUUUGUGUGGGUGAUUCAAGAGGAGUGAUUUCUAUGUGGUCUCCAAACAGUAGGGAUCCUUUGGCAAAAAUGUUGUGCCAUAAACAUGGAAUAUCUGCCUGUGCAAUUCAUCCUUAUGGAACUUACAUGGCAACUAGUUGUCUGGACAGAUUCAUAAAAAUAUGGGACAUCAGACAGUUAGCAGGUCCCGUGCAUAAUUAUCGCGUACGUUCUCCUAUUUACCAUUUAUCUUACAGUCAGACUGGCCAAGUAGCAAUGGCAAUGGGAAAUGUCGUUGAAGUUCAUCGAUUUUCGGGUGAUGGAAUGAAACCUUAUUUACGUCACAGAACCAAGUGGCCAGUGACAAGUAUGCAAUUUUGUCCAUAUGAAGACGUUUUAGGUAUUGGUACACUGAGAGAAGUAUCUUCUCUUCUAGUACCUGGAAGUGGAGAACCUAAUUUUGAUGCUCUUGAAAGUAAUCCAUUUCAAACUAAAACUCAGAGACGUGAAGCUGAAAUAAAAGCACUAUUAGACAAGAUUCAACCAGAACUAAUAUGUUUGGAACCAUUUGCUAUAGCAGAAGUAGACGUUCCCACUCUUAAAGAUAAAAUAGAAGCUGAAAAGAAAUUCUUGUAUCUCAAACCAAAGAAUAUAAAUUUCAAACCUCGUAGAACGAAAGCUAAAGGAAAAGGAGGAACAGCUAAAGUGAUUAAGACUAAGAAAAUUCUAAAAGAAUUGAGACGAAAGGAAACUAUCGAUGUACUUCGCCAAGCAAACAUGCGAUCAAAUACCAAGGAAGCAGGACCUCAGAGGGAUUAUGGAAUACUAAAUAGAUUUUUACCAAAACCUAAUAGAAGAACAAAUAAAUAAUACAACAUUGUUCAAGCUAUUAGAAAAAAUGCAUUUCUAUUUUAUAUCUUUCUGCAAUUUUUCAAAUAUUAGGUUGUCCAAAAAGUUUCUCUCGUUUUGAGGAAAUAAUAGACGCACAACGUUUUUUCACAACGGUCCAUUUUGUUCUGUUGAGAUAAACACCGCAACAUUUCACAGAUUUGGUUUCACGUUUUUAUGAAGGUGCAUUGUUGUAAAAAACAUGUUUGCGAAAGAAAGGCACUUUUCGGACAACCUUUCGUAUAAUCUAAAUAAAAUCUUGUUAAAAAAAGUAAACUUUCUUAAUUAAUUGAUACUGAAUUUAUAUAUAUGUAUAGAUUGUUAUACAUAAAGAGUAUAAUUUAUUUCUCAUGAUUCUUUAUCGAUAGCAUAUGUAUUAAUACAAAGUAGUGCAAAGUGCGGUAUAAAUAAAAUCAAGAUAAAUAAUUGAUUAGACAUAUGGUAUUGAAGUAUCAAGGUAUUUAAUAAAAUAAGUAAGCAUCCAAUAGUUUAAUUGUAACAUAUUCUAUAAUUUAAUAACUGUUGUAACUACAACUAAUUUUGGAAAAGAGUGCGAGUAAAUUCGAUAUAAUCCAAGGCUCCUGUGAUUGGUCGCUCCGUUUUUGGAUCGACGUAAGGUUUCAUACGAGCAACACAGUAAUCAGCCAUCUCCUUGGUAAGAUUCUAAGCAUAUAUGAAAUAUUGUUAAUAUACACUAAAUAAAUUGAUAAUUGUA